ACGUAAAACAUUAAAGACUUUCUAUUAAACAGUGCUUGCAUUAUUUUUUAUUAAACUCAAGGGGCAAUUAAAAAAUAAAACUCGAGUUGAAUAACAAAUAAAGUGAUUUUUCCAUAUUUAGAGAAAUAUACAGUGCUCUUCAAGUUUCUUACAGAACCAACUAUGAUAUUAAGGUUCUUUAUUAUUUUUCUAUACGGCUUGCAUUGUUCUACAAUUUAUCUUCUAACUUUUUAAAAUUUUGAUCAAAGUGUUUGGACCAACGCCGAAGACUAGCAGUUACGUAGUACUUGAGGCUUUUAAAUCUGAAUGAUAGAAAACCUGGAUAAGCUCUAUCUUAUAGACUGAUAUUAUGCAUAGAUUUCAGAAGAAACUACUCUGAAAACCUUCGAAACAUCAAGAAAUGAGCAGUAACGGAACGCUGAUAAAACAAAAACAAAUGUUUUGACUACGAUUUUAACAUAAAGACUUUUGGAUCUGUUUUACAAAAAAAUACAGUUGAAUUGAGAAACUCCUCCUUUGAGAAACUCCUCCUUUUAUUGAAAUCGGUUGAAAAGUAUUACAUGCUUUAUACUUUUGUGAAUGAGGGUACUUGAAAAAAAUAAUUACAGGAAAUACAUUGGUAUUACAACUUACAGAAAACUGUAAGGAAAUAAAGGAGGAUUAUGGCUCCAGCCCAGGUGAUUUCUUCAAUAUCUAUUGAUUGAGCUAUUCAAUAAAAUAUUUUGAUUUUUGAUUCUUUAUCAAUUACUUGUUUAAAUUAUUAUUUCACCAAUUCGUACGACUAAGAAAUGUUUAUCUUCAACUAAGAUAAAAAUUUCUGAACGUUGAGGGUGAGUCAUGUUUCGAAAAGCCUUAUUUCAGUGCGUGGCGCGUGGGCGAAAUUUCUUAUUUCAGUGGAAUCAGUAAUGUUGUUAUGAGUCAUAGCUACGCAUUCGUAGAUAGGGGAUGAGUAACGGAAUUUGGGGUGAAUGUAGAUAACAUUAUGAUAGAAGGAUGAAUAAUAUGAUUAUAUUUUGUCUAAUCAAAAUAUAGGUAAAAAGUAACUGUACGUGAUAAUCUUAGCGUUCUUGGAUUAUAUAGUAUUCGUAAGGUUGGAUUUGGGCUGGGUAAUUAAAAUAAUGCAAAAGUAAUGUACAAAUACAAUUAGGUCUCUUUUUUGAAUUAUGUAAUUAAUUUUAGAUGAAAUUUUAUAUGAAUUUGACUAAUUUUAUAGCACCUGUGCAAAAUAAGUAUAUCUUACAUAACAUAAGUAAGUAUAUAAAUUGUAUAACUUCCCAACGACUGCUGAAUGCCGACCAUACGGUAACUUUUCCUGUUCAAUGCAUAAAAUCAUAAUUAGAAAGUUUGUGUAGACUGUAGUUUUGCAAUGCGCCUAGCGCGCCAUUAUCGGUGACUCACAGACGUGGCGGCAAAACGCCGCGCCUGUCACUAGCGUGUGGCGCCAAAAUCGACGGCCAUAUUGCUACGAAACGUCAAACAAAUAAAAUAGCCUAGGUACAUACUAUAAUUCCCUAACCCUAUCGAUAUUAUAGUUAGCCCUUUGCAAUUGAGUAAUAUUACGCUUGGUUUCGAAGGGUUCAUUUUGUAAAGGGUUCUUGACCUGCCUCAAGGUUUUGUUGAAUUAGAUAACACAACUCAUUGCAAAUUUUGUAUCAGGUGAUUUUUUUAUGGCAGUAGUUGUCGAAGUACGGGUCUACAAGUUAAAAAAAAACCAAAAAACUUAUCUUAGUUUUCAGGUUACCAUGUAAUGAACUAGCUGUUUAUGAGGUAGAGUAGGUAAAUAAAUAGGUAAUUUAAUAGUUCAAGACAAUAACUACCUCAGAUUAAUAUCUCUAUCAAAGCUAAAGGUCUAUGCUAAUAAUUAUUAGUUUUUAGAAUUAAGUAUUUCAUGUAAAACAUAAAUAAUACACCCAACUUUAAUACAUUCAUGCGUUUUAAAAAUAAUCUCUAGUUUACAAAAUUGAAAAUAUAGAGCUACGUCUGUGGAGCUACGUGCUCUAUAUUUUCAAUUACAAGUAAGAUUAAAAUUGAUUAUGAGUAAGAUUAAUAACUUACUCGAAUAAUCAAUUACGGAGACAGAUUAGAAGGUGGGAAGACGAAAUCAUAACAACAGCGGGAAAAAACAUGGACGAGGACAGCACUGAACAGGAAAGAAUGGAAGGGAAUGGAGGAGGCCUUUGCCAAAUUAGGGCAAACAGACCAAUCUGCCGAUGUCGACUCAUGAGAGUCUUAAUUAAGUUUUUAUAUGCACAUAUUGUUUACCAUUGUUGUGUCUGAUUAAGGCUAAUAAAUAAAUAAAUCAACAAAAUAAAGAUUAAUAGAACACAAUAUGUAUAACAAAAGCCCGCUCUUCCUUACUGUAAGUUUUUCAACAACGUAAAAGUUAAUAAACUAAAAUUUUUAAGUAGGUAGUUUAUUAGCCAUUAUACCUGAAUUCACCAUUCUUAACCUUUCACCGUUCCUUAAACAUUUUUAAGCACGAAGGCACCUUUCCUUUUAACAUUACCUGAAAUAUUCAAGCAAUUAAAACAAAAAAUAGACUACAAGCGUCGGGUCCUGCCGCCGUGGUGGCUGGCGCCUUCGCCCGGCGCCCUGGCGACGCGCCGCACCCCUAACUUAUUUAUUCCUGAUGGUAUCAGCCCUACCUGAGGGGAGACGAUUGGGCCAUUUCAAUUAUUUAAUGGGUCAAGGUAUAAAUAUGCUGUUUAAUAUCACUGUCGCCUUGUUAUUUGCAUAUUUUGUCGAUAAUGCGUGUUGUGCCAAUAGUUUUUAAAUUCAGGUUAACUAGGUAUAAUGUUCCUAAUAUGUAUUAUCAAAGCAAGAUGUGCUUCAAGAAAAUAUGUUAUGUACAUUGAGAAAUGCCAGAAAACACAAAGAUGGCGCAGAGCGCGUCUCCAGUGGCGCGCUCUGGCGGCGGCGAUAUCUCCGAGCGGGAGUUUUCGCGCGAACGGCACAACUUGUACUCUACGCCUCCUACCCGCGUACAGCGCAUACCCCGCAAGCAGCUAUUCUCAGCGCCAGUGAACAAGUUCACAGCAAAUACUGCGGGUCCGACCGGCAACCUCGCUCGGAUCCGCAGCUGUCUCGACGAGUACGCGACGCCGAAACGCGCCAAGAUCGGACCCAAAGCGGCGUCCAUGGAGGACUUGACGCCCAAUAUACAGGGGAAGCGGAAUAGACGAAACAAAACCCUUCCCAUUGUCCGUUCGCCCGGUCUCCUCACGGCUACGGAAGAACAGGCAGCAGCGAAGAUCGCUCGCUUCGUGCUCGUGGCCGCGUGGCGCAGGCGGCGGGGCGAAGUGCGCUGUUUGCGGAAGACGCUUGAGUUUCAGGUGACGUGCUCCGAACGUCUGCGUAUCCAAGUGUGCGCGCUCAAGUCCCUCCUCGACUCCGACAACGCGAAGGUGCGUCUCGCUAUGAAGGAGAUUGAGAGACUCAAGCAAGUGCUCAAGGACAAGGAUAUUGAGAAAACCAUCUUGGAAAGGGAAAAAAUUGCUUUAGAGCAGGAUGUUUGUGCCGUUGAAGAUCGUUUGUCGGAAUUGAGCAUUGGCUGGCGAAACACUCGCAACGAGUUAGAGGGCGCUCGUGCCGCGGCCGCGAGCGCGGAGCACGCGUUGCUCUCGGAGCGCGCUGCGUUGAGGGACGCGCGGGCUCAGAGGGACCAUGCGUAUAGAAGGAUAUCCAUUUUGGAAGACGAUCUAACCCACCACGAGUCCCUUCUCUCGGCUGCUGAAGAAGAAGCGGCUGCUCUACAGCGUGAUGUGGAUGAAAAAAAGACGCUGUUGGAAGACACGCAGAAACGAUUGCAGAAGGAGAUUCUGGCUCGUGAACAGUACACAACCGAGUGCGCACAACUCAAAGAGCGCGUUUCGCUCACAUCGCUCGAGCGAGACUCGCUCGGAGCGGAGCUGAGCGAAGUUCGCGCGAAUCUCGCUUCGCUUGAGCGAGAACUGCGCGUCACUAGGGAACAGUUGGAGUGGUGGCCCAAACCGCUCACUAGGAUGCUCGGCGCAGCGCGAAGUUGGCUUCGGCGGCCUCUCUCCCUUUCUGAAGCUUUGAUGUGGUCGCUAGUUCCCGCCAGGCAUGGCUGCUAGGACACGAACCGUAUACACUAUAUCAAUACGUACACGCUUAUAUUUAUACACACGCACAGAAACACACACACACACACACGCACACAUUCAUACAAACUGGCACGCAUAUACAUAGGAAACAGAAAUACACACACAUAAUCACACAAACGCACGCACAAACUCACACAAAUUUGCGCACACAAAAAAACAAGCACUGACUACGUGUAGGCGCAGACACAACACAUACACAUUUAUACACAAAUAGCUAAGAAUGAAGAAUACGCAUGCAUUACACACACGAACAUUUUCGAAAAACAAUUCCACUAAAAUUGGAGGAAUUGUUUUUUUUUUCCAAAAUAGAUGGUAAAUAACCGCAGAAAUGUUACAAUUCAUUCGCAAAGAAACGUGCUUUGUAUUGUGUAUGCUAAAUGCCUAUAUUUUUACGAAUUAUUAAUUAUUAAAUCAUGCGAAGGUAAGUUUUGAAAUAUUUCUUUAUAAUAUUAUAGAACGUAGAAGUUUAUUUAGGUACUGUGUAAAUAAUUAGAUAAUUACAAGAUCCGCCUUUUAAACAGUUAAUAAAUAUCUCAUUAUUGUGAUACGGAUGCACUUGUAUGUAAAACAGUUUUAAUGAUGCAAGUGUACAUUAACUACCUUUUGUCACAGUUUCUGCGAAUCAUUUGCAUAAAAAUAUCGAUAAUUUGUAUGCGCCAUGUUUUUUUAUCUAUGCAGCUUGUUAUAGUCUAUGGAAUGUGAAUCAUUUUUUACGCGCGUAAAUUUGACGUGUUAAUUUAUUAUUGUUAGCUGUAUUUUAAUAAUUGUUAUUGUAAUAAUUAUAUUUUUAUAAGAUUAUAUUGUAAGUUUGGUGAGUAUGUAUUGUUACCGUUUUUAAUUAUGUAAAAGAGCCACCUUUGUUAGGUAAGUUUAUUGU